UGGCUCUGCUCCUUUCAGACACAGGCCAGCCAAGACUGAACCCCCACUCUCCUUUCACCAGCAGCACCAAGGACCAGCCACCCGGCCCUGCCCGAACCCUCCACCCUCCUGCAGCCUUCACCAUGGCUGAGAUCAACCACAAUCAGGAGCAGAAGUUCCGGAGAGACAGCCACACCAAGGAGAUAGACCUUAUCAACAGAGACCCACAAAAGAUCAAUGAGGACAUAGUGAAGGUAGACUUUGAGGAUGUGAUCGCCGAGCCAGAUGGCACCCACAGUGUGGACGGGGUGUGGAAGGCCAGCUACACCACCUUCACCGUCACUAAAUACUGGUGCUACCGCAUCCUGUCGGCCAUUUUGGGCAUCCCUGUGGCUCUACUCUGGGGAUUCCUGUUCGCAUGCCUGUCCUUCUGCCAUAUAUGGGCCGUCAUGCCCUGUGUCAAGAGCUGUCUGAUCGAGUCCCAGUGUUUCAGCCGUAUCUACUCGCUAGCUGUGCACACCUUCUGUGAUCCUCUGUUUCAAGCUCUGGGGAAGGUCUUCAGCAAUGUCAGGGUGGUCUUAAGCAAAGAGGUGUAAGACUGCCCCGUGGCACACUGUAGCUGUAGCAGGAUUGGUCCUAACCUGGGUCUGACCUUCUGGAAAUAUCAACGCUUCACUAAACAAACACUGAUGACAAGAGAAACAUUUGUGUAUUCUGUGGUUGAAGCUUGGUAACAAAUUGCCUUAGAGCAAAACCUGCAGUCAACAAGACCUUACUCGGUAACGUGUCUUGUUUGUUUUUACUGCAUUUAUUAAAUGUCUAUUGAUAGUUAUGCCAUUCCGGACACUUUGUUUUCUACUCCUGACGGUCACAAAAUAAAUGGAUUUUGUAAUG